CACACUAGUCUACAGUGCUUAAACUCAAAAAUUUAGUGGAGUAAAUAAGGAUGUGGUGGGGUAGAAGUAGAAAGUAACAAAGUGAAAAUACUCAAGCAGAGGGCGACAUUUGCCCGGCAACCUCCCUCCCGUUUGCCCCAUGCCUCCUCCUCCUCCUCUUCCUCCGGUCAACCUCCUCUCCAUCCCCAGCGACAGCCCCUCCCAUCAAAGCCAUAACCUCUCCUAAUCCCCCCCACCCCUUGUUGCCCUGGAGACGGCUCAGACGAGCAGGUGAUGCAUUGACAGGGAGCAGAUGGUUCCCUGUGGAGGACAUCAGUGGUGAAAUGUUCACAUUUUGACGAAGAAGAUGAGUAAAAUAUAAGACUGGAGUUCACUGAACAUGUCUGCUGUGGAGAGAAGAGGAGCUUCAGAGCCUCACUGGGAAAACAGUCCUUCCAGAAAUCAGGAUUUUAAGCGUCAUCGGAGGCUUGGCCUGGCUCGGCCCCGGCAUCCCGUCAGCACGAGCACCUGGUUGCCUGACGGCUCCUGCUCUGCACACCACGAGCACAGGAGACCCAUUUAUGUGUCUUUUGUCAGCAAGGCAAUCUUGUGGGACAGAGGACUUUGCCACUACAGUGCGCAUGAUCGUCCAAAUCAUCGUCCCUCAUUAUGUCCACGGUUCUUGUCUCACAUGAAAGCUCGUCCCGAGGACCUCAGACCUCCUUGUUUUCUGCGAUCCAAGUCCAGACCGGAGCCUCCUUUUCAGGGGAAGAUGGCAAAUCCACACGGUCUCACUGCCCCAAAGACACAAACGCUGGAGGGUGAGGCUUAUCAACAAAACACCUGGUGCUUUUACACCAUCACAGCCUCAACAGGAGGAGGGCACUGGCUCCUUUGACUCCACAGCUCUGCUCAUUAACAAUUUUUCUCGCCUUUUCUUCCUCUCAUGGAUGCUGUGGAGGUAGAGGCCACCAAGCUCGUCGUUAGCUCUUAAUCUCUCUUCGUGGUUGUGUUUGGUUAAGUGCAAAUCUCCUCUCUGGCAAGGAAGUGCCCACAGCGCCGCCCUCCUGGUGGUCCACUGGUGGGAGUGAAAGGCCCGGGAACGGGAGACCUGCCGCUCCUUUCAGAGCCCGGCCUCUGAUGUGAAGGCAUCUUUCCCAGCACACACCUCAGCUCCACAGUGGGGUCUCUUCCAUCCAAGUCCGGACAGAAGAAGAAAUCUUGUGCUGAAUGAGGGUUUGAUUGCAGGAAGGCGCUCUGCAAUUGUGGUUCCCUGUCCUUCACUCCCUGCUACGCCACCCUCACCAUGCAUUAAUCCAGCACCUCCCCAUCAAAACACUCCUUGCCUCAGCUCUGGUGGGAAACCAAGUGAGCCAAAAACUGUGCCAGCAUCUCCCUGUGACCCUCAUCCUGCUCCAGAGGGAAAUGGUGAAGUUCAGGAUAUGGAGCCACAACCUGCUGUGGUGUCCAUAACAGAGUCCAACUGGAAGCCGCAUCAUGGGCCUGCUGAACCAGAACAGUCACCAUUGCCAUCCUCUGUCGUCUCAUACGGGUCUCUUUCAGACAUAAGCCGUCCUCCGUCCAGCCUCUUCAGUCGAAGCACCAACCUCUCCAGUGGCAGAAUCAGUGUCCUGUCUGCAGAUAUCGGGGACUCAGAAGACCCAGACCGAGCGGGCGGGCCUUGUCUCUCGCCGCUCCAGCCUCGUCCAGUGAUGCGGUCGGCUUUGGCUCCAGCAGGAUCCAGCCUUCGCCAAUCACCAAUAAAUACUGCAACCCCCCCUGCACUCUAUGAACCAGUAUUUGGCCAAACUGAACCCAUCUCACCUCAGCCGACGUCAGGUGUCUUUCCUCAGUCAGACAAACCUGCAAGCAGGUGUGAAAGCACAAAAAUAACUCAAAAUCUCCACCAAGAUGCAUCUGUAGAUCCUGGUCUCAACCCAUCAUUGGACUCUGACCAUGGCUUCAUUACCCUGGCUUUCCCCUCCACUACUUGGUCUUCCUGCCCAAGUCCACAGAGGACCACUGCUCGCUCAGGGUCAGGACCAAAGCUGACCCCUUCUACAUCAGUGACUUGGCUGGAGUCUCAUCACUGGCCUGUCCUGCCUCCCAUCUCUCCUGUCAGAGGACGCUGUGGCACGGCAGCAUCUCGCUACUCAGAGCUCAGCUGCAGUGAGUCUCAUGUGUUUGAUGAACUGGAAGCCAUCGCCCCUCGGUCUACUUCCAGUCCGUCUCUGGACGAGCCAACAGACUCAUCCAGUUGCCCUUCACCUCAUACAGAGUUGUCUCCUGGCCUGGCAGCACUGACAGUGGGCUGUGACUCAGGGAAUCUGGGCUCCUUGUCCCGGGUACAGCUGCUCCUCCUGGACCGACUGGAACCCGAGAACCUCCCAAGUCCCUUCAGUCAGGAAGAGGAGCCCUCACCAGUGGAGGACUGGUCCGAUCUGAGAAUGCAGUAUGAUCAAGAGCUGGCUUCAAGAGGUGUUUUGAGGCCCCUCACAGCUGGCGGCAUCUCUGAAAGGUGCGACUCUGCAGGGAAAGUCCAGGAAAACAAAUCGGAUCAGUCUGAAGGAGAUUCUGGGUCACCGUCUUCAUGGAUCAUAGACCAGAGUCCAUCACAUGACAUGUUCAGGUCCUCCUGUUCUCCCUGCGAGUCCAGUCAUGGUUCCAGUGUAGCCAAAGGGGGCCUACCUGAGGAGGAGUCCAGUUCGCCAGGGUGGAGGGACCAAGUCGAGUCCUCAGCAGGAGGAAGGAGGCGUGGGAGUUUUGACCACAGCAGUGAAGAAAAGGACAGAAGGAUGGAGGAGAGGAAAACGAAGGCGCUGAACAUGCUUUCAAAACUGCAGGACAGCACACCACGUCAGCCCAAUGGCAGCAAAGGUCGCUCCAACUUUGAUGACUUCGACUUUUUGGCAAAGUAUUGCAUUUUCAGUCAGGAGAAGCUGGCUGAGUACAAAAGGGCUUUUGAAGCAGAGGACAGUGACGGCGAUGGCUACAUCUCCUGCCUUCAGGUUGUACUUGCUCUUAAAAACAUCAUCCCUCCAGAGCUGCUGUCUGACCAGGAGGAAAUCUACGUCUACAGGAUCCUGGAGAUGGUGGACUUCAGAGUGACAGAUGGGCUGGUAGACCUGAGGCUCUUUGCUGUGAUCUCGAGUCUGGCACAGAAAAUUGCCACCAUGGAUGAGUUUAUGCGAUCACUAAUCAGCGACAUGGACUUCCGCUCGCUCGAAGUGAGGCUCUUCAAAGCGAAGCAACUGUUCCUGUUCCUCCUGGAGGAGCAGCAAGGAGACAACAGAGCUCAUCGGGGCUUCAUCAGCGCAGAGCAGCUGCUUCUGGAGCUGAAGGCCGGGGGAAUCCAUCUGGAGCAGGAGGCGGCCGUCAGACUGGAGCUGCAGCACAUUCCUCCCCUCGACCUGUUGGACUUCCUGGCCUACCUGCCCCUCUUCAUGCUCAUCCACAAGUCGGUCGUCUCCAACCCUCUCGAUGACUCCAGCAAAUUCUGACCUCAGACUUCACAGCGCAGUCUGUCUGUCUGUGGCUCAGGUAUCAGCAUUACUGCCACUACAGGUGUGCGUGAAAAGGUGAACACGAGAAAGGCUUACAUUAAAGGGAGUGAAUUAAGCACUAUAGUAAAGAACCACACCAUUCAAAAUGAGGAAAUUUUGCAGUGAUUUCAAGUCAGUUCAGUGGAGAAGUAAUUCCACAUUCCUGUUUCAAAGAUAAUUAUGAGCGUGGGGAAAAAAAAAAAGUUUUAUCUGGUUUCACUUGGUAACAAACUGCCACAAAUACGUAAUGUGUAAACUGUUUCAUGUGGUUUGACAACAAGGCUGGCAAUGGGCCUAACCACUUUGGAGUAAAGCAUGAACAUUCUCAAGCUGGAUGUUUUUCCUGCUUCCAACAGAACGUGUUCAGUUGGUGACAUAUCUAAUCAGCGGCGGGUUAUUACUGUGACAAGCUAGUUAGCAGGGAAUGCUAACAUUAGCAGGUUACUUUAGAGCUCCUUCUCUCACACUUUUGCCCUUGUGUGAAGCUUGGUGUGCCUUGUAACCGUUUUCCAGCCAUGAUUGAACAGUCUGUGUUUUGGGUAGAGAUUAGUUGUUUAUGUCCAAAUCAAAAUUCUGACAAUUUGUCUGUGGGUCUCAUUGACCUACAGCGCUCAGGACUAAAAAUGAGCUCUUACAACUUAAAUUCAGUUCUGCCUGAAGUGCUGUCUGUGGUCCUGAAAUGUCGUGCAACAGUGGAUGGUGAUCAAAAAGUCUGCAGUUUAACAAAGCUUUAUUAUUUUACUUUCAUCAGAUAAAAACUCUGUCUACAAACUUUCGCUGACUCACUGCCUCGGAGGCGGGUUUAUGUAAAUGUCCUGAUGCAACAACUGCUUUUUGUUCUGCAGUAGAAAAAACAAAACAAUAUUCGAGGUAGCCGCGCGGACUGUUGUCCUCUUCUAUCCAACUUAAUCAACACUGAUGAAUGAUAUUCAAUAAGAUAUUCAACUAAUAUAGUUCGAGCCAUUGUUUUGCCUGGGCUUUGCCAAUUAGAUAUGGCCGUGCUCUCCUGCGGCUCAUACACGCUUGACAGACCGCCAAACAAGAAAACGUAAUGGACUCUGACAGGCAGCAAAACCAGGACUGUUAGAUCAGGGACGUCCUGUAAUCAGCAUAUGUCAUCAUGCAAAACCCUAAACAAGACGAGAAAUAUUCUGCAGCAUAAACUUUAACCUGCUCUUAAAAAACAUUCUUUUAAUAUACGUAUUAGAUUCUGAACACUUUGAAGAUGCUUUGAUGUCAAAUAAAGAUUUGUGUCAGUGAUUGCCUUCACUGUCCUCCCUGCUUUUGCCUUUUCUUCCCUCAGCAGAGAGGCCUUUAGCUUCUUACUGACUGACAAUCUGUCACCAGCAGGCUCUGAAAUGAUUUGUACCUGAGGUGGACUUCCCUCAUUGGUUUGAUGCUCUUUUCAGUUGGUUGUAGCAGUUUUGGGAAGAUUCAAGUCUCCAGUAUCUUUAAUGUUAACCAGCCGGCUUUGUUUGGGCUCUUGAGAACAAAACUCUGUGUUUAUUUUAAGAAUCUCUGCGGCUACAUACUGUUGAAGAUGAGAUCAUGUGCGUUUCCUGUUCACAGCGCGUCUACCUUGUAAUAUUUUCAGCCAGAGAACACAAAGGCUCACAUGUCAAACUACUUCACAUGUGAUAUGUGUGAGCAGCUGAGUAUAUGGACGUUCAUUACUGUGACACAGUACUGGAAAAAUAAUAUUUUGAUGUUGUCUAGUGUUAGUUUGUGAAUUAAAAGUAAAAAUCAUAGCAGGGUUGGAGUUCUGGUGGCCUGUUAAUUUAGUUGGCGGAUUGUACCUUACCUAAAGGGUAAUAAAAAUACUUUUUAACCAGUAGGAGACAUAGAUUAAUUAGCAUUUUGGAAACCAGCUGCUCUUAAAAAUAAUACAUUUCUGUCAAAUCAGGCAAAACUUUUGUUAAGACGUUUGUGUCUCAGACUCAAACAGAAUUAAAGAAAAACGUUUUAUCGAUGUCCUGAGUUUUGUUGCUGUAAAAAGUACAUUAAAUAUGAAUAUCAGACA